AAUCAGGGCCGAGCUUGCGGUGACAACAGCAUGUCCAAACUAGUGUUGUCUUUGAGCAAGACAGAUAUAGACAAUCAGGUGGAGGAUGAAGUGGCAGGGGGCACUGAGCCACGGUGCAGUGUCAUGUUGGCUCAGACCAGCUUGCUCCCCUCCACGAACCCUGCGUGGUGGAGGGCGGGCGAGGAGAUGGAGGGUAUAGAGUUUCAGGCACAGCUCUGUUCCCAGUUUAUUGUCCUUGGCUCCUCUCCUCACCGGUGUCCCCACAUGACCCCACCUGGCCACCGUACAAGAACCCAUGCGUAGACUGAAACCCUCCACAACGCGCAGAGAGGCACUGCAUGCUGUGAUGAUGAUGAGGACGAGGAUAAUGAUGAUGAUGAUGAUGAUGUCAAUGGCGGUGUCGUCAUAUUUUACACUUGAGCCGGUCCAAACAAGCCGCUGUGUGAAGACGGGAUGACAACUCACCGCGUGCCAGACGCGCCGCUGUUGCGUCACAGACGUGCCAGGGUUGAUAGGUAGGAGGGCAAUCGUGUUCAUCCGCUUGAGAGAGAGGGAGAGGGAGAGAGAACGAGAGGGAGGGAGCGAUGAGGAGAGAGAUGGAGCGGUCGGAGGGGGCGCACGUCUCCUCACUAGCUCAUGACCAGAGGGAGCUGGCCGCGGCACCGGGCUGCUGAACGCGAACCCACCGGCGAGUGUGCGACGGAGGAGCGUUUGUCACCUGCGCCUCGAAGCGGUCCACGGUUGUUCCCCUCGGAUAACCCGGCAUGCCGUAGCCCUGGUGUCCUGCCGCAGAGGAGCCGCACAGGUACGGUCGAUUCAUUACCAUCAGUGAGCCUCCACCAUCUUCUCCAGCCUUCCAUCUCCGCCUAUCCCCUCCUGCCGCCCCAUCCUCUCGGAGCAAAGCUGAAGGAUGAAGGUGUGACAGAUACAGAGACAGACAGAGGGACCAGUCACUGCUCACCAUGGCUCCUAUGUGCAUACUUUUCCUGGGCUUCCUCCUCUCCCUGCUCCAUUCUUCAGAUGCCCAGACCAUCAUCGGCUCCUCGUCCUCCUUCUCUCCUCUCGACCUGCCUAUUAAUUCUUCACCUCCGCCAACCAAGCAAACUGCUGGAUUCUGGCCCUCGUUACCUCCCAGAGGGCGUAGUGAUGUGCCUGUCAGAGCUACAGUCCGGGAUAGGCUGACAAAUAGGAAUACGGUGCAACAGGGGCAAAGAAUGACCCGUACGACAUCACAGUCCAUUCCUUCCUUUGUAUCCGCCCUCUCCACGAAGAACUUCAGCCGUGGGCCAGUUUUAAUCCAACCAACUGCCUCCAGGCCCAGGACUGACACAGCCAGUUUAGUAUUCAGCAGAGCCUUGGCAAAGGGGGACACCACUACAAAGAGUUUGACUCCCCCUUUGCCCACUUUGCCCUCCGCUGAUGUCGCUGAGCCUGCAGGUAAUACGCCAGUGACAGCAGAUAAUCCAGAGUCAGAGGAUGGUGAUCCACAGGGGUUAGGGUCAGGUAGUUCUCCAACACUGAUGGUGGUGAAGGAGGAAAAUCCUGUCCCUCUUCCAACGGUUGGCGAUGAAAUGGCACAGUAUCGGCCACAGGCACAAACCGCGAUAUCUAAAACUUCUGAUGCACCAGCGCCUGACAGUGAGACCGCGAUGCCUCACCCGUUUGUGCUCACAACAGCCAGUAAAACCACCACAUCACCACAGACUGAGACCAGAGCAACCCUGUCCCCUGUGGUGAAACUAGCAUCCCCUCGGACUGUAGCGUUAACAGGUGAACUCACAGCAAUCACUCCUCCCACCGACAGAGUUUCUGUAAAGCAGGACUCUGCUGCUGUCACGACCUCCGGCUCCACUGAUAAACAGCCACAGGCUCCAGCGUUGCCAGUUACUGCCCAAAGCCAGGAGAGUUCACAUUCAAACACCACGACACCACAAGUGACAACCACAUCUACCACAUCUACGACAUCUGUGACCACCCUGGAGGCUGUGAGAACGCCCUCAAAAGCAUCAAAUCCACCAAACAAAACAUCACAACUAGGAAGGAAAAGAGCCAGCACAACAAGGACAGGGACAACUUCUCUCCUUACCACCGAUGUCGUCCCAGUCACCCGGACAAAGUUUGGCCCCACCUUCCAGUCUGGUAUUAGUCAGAGGAACCGCUCCAUCAUCCUGGGACAUCCUCACCAAGCUCCCCACUCCACUUAUAAUCCAGUCCCCUCUCCCAGCGCAGAUCCCUCCACUAAUGGCACAUUUCUCUACUGGGGUGACCUGAGCCGGACGCUGGCUUUCGCCUGGGAGCUGCAUGUCUACGGCUCAGCAAGUCUCUUCCUCCUCCUGUUUGCCGGAGCUGCUCUUGGCCUUACCUUGUCCCCUGCCACAAACUGUCCACAUCGGGGCGCUGUUGCACUCGCCAAUGCUCUAUUGUUUCUAGCCGGAGGUCUUAGGGCAGCCCUCUUUCUCAUUGACCCCUAUGGCACACGGAAAUUGCUCCCCCGCCCUGCAGUGAUGGUCCUUUACAACCUGCCUCUGCACCUGCUGGUGUGGACACACGCUGCCCUGGCACUGUUGGCAGUGAGGGUGGCAGGGGUAAGUGUGUUACCUCCAACCAUGGAGCGUCCCCCUCUGGUGGCCGUGUUGGCCGUGUUGCAGUGUACCCUGCUGCUGGCAGCUGAUCUUCUCUCCCCAGCCCUGUCCCCUGUGGUGCCCGUCACCCUGCAGGUCCUGUCCCUGUGUUGGGGCCUGGCGAUCUGUCUGGGUUUCCUCUGCUAUGUCUUUCCACGCAUACGCUGCCCGUCUCUUCCCCACCCUGGAGUCCCUGAACAGGGCAGGAGGAAGGCUUGGACGGGCAGCAGGAGGAUAGGUGUGAUCCUGGGGAGAGUUCUGGCAGUGUGCGCAGUGGUGGGGACACUGUGCUGCGGGCUGCAUGUUUAUGCCACCUUAUGGCUCUAUGGGCUGCUAGGGGACUGGACACACUUCAACUGGGGAUGGUGGCUGGCUCACUUCUGGGCCCGCCUCUUAGAGCUCACUUGGGGUUUCUCACUCCUACUCCUGGCUUCAUGGCUGUUCUGGAGGCCUCAAGGUUGCCAGGGAAAGGAGGAGGGUGGACCAGAUGGCCGAGCAGCUGGAGACCUGCCGUCCCCUGGCCAGUCUGUAGGGUCCACUCAAAGACAUACCUGCUGGUCCAAGAUAGUGCAGAGCCUGAAAGUGAAGCCUUGUAAAAAAUCUGACAGUAAUGGGGUGGGGGGAGGAGGAGGAGGAGGAGGAGGAGGAGGACCAGGGGAGGUCCCUAACAACUGGGCGGGUCAGGAGCGUUCUGGAGCUGACAUCAGUAAAAGUCUGAUUAGGAACCAGAACCACGAGCAGGCCAAUGCCCAGCCACGCUACGUCAAAGACAACAACAGAGAACGCAACCACAGGGGCCACUCUGCAGAACGAGGCAUAUCUGAUGGCUCUUCAGGCUCCCUGCUGAGACUGCAGGCAUUGGGACGUCCUCCACAGCGCUCAGUGAGUGGCAGCCUGGAUCAGGAUAAGGACACUUCGCUGUCUCUUUAUGAGUUUGAUCUGCGCCCCCCGUCUCCCAUUGACCUGACCCGCAGCAUCGAUGAGGCUCUGCACAGGGGACACCUACUGGAAGGAGGCAGCCUUUUUCAUCCUUUGAACCAGACCUCACAGUCCCCAUCUCCAGGGUCAGGGGUCAGCCAGGGGCCCUGGCUCCGCAGGAACAGUGAUCCUCAGAUGCUCUCUGAGAGCAGUGAUGCCCCAACAGAGUCCUCCAUGCCACUAGGGGGCAGCAUACUCAGCAGUGUGCCCAGCAGGCAGGUGACUGCUCCACCUACACCUUCCCAUCAGGGUAACAGGUGGGCUGGGAACGGAGUGGGGAGUGUCCCUUCAUCAGUGUCCUGUCCCGUGUCACUCCGACCCUCCAGGAUAUCGACAGGGCAUCUGGACGAGGACGCCGUGGAUGACACGCGGCCGUUCAUCACGCCAGACUCAGAGAGGGUGCGGGGAAGGGCUGGAAAGCCGACAGGAUCACGGAGUUACCUGGAGGUCAGUCGUCAUGACGACUCUGCCAGUGUCAGCAGCGAAAUCAUUGACCUAUGAACCAAAAUCUGGACAAGAGGACCAGUGACAUCAGACAUACCCAUUUGACAAAUUCUGUUCCUAACAGAGACUUCAACACAUAUUUGGGAAAAGUUGACCUCGUUCCAGGGUUCGACGACUGUGUUUGUGGAACAGAAAUGGAACACCUUUUACUCUGAGAGUAAAACUGGGAGCUAUAGCCCAGAUAAACAACACAGCAAGCUCAUCACUCUCUCUCCAUCUCUGUUAAACACGCACACACACACACAAAUAUUAUCUCCCUCCCUUCCAAACACACACACACGCGUCACACUGACAUUACUUCUAGUUCACUGGGACCAUAUACACAUUUCAAUAAGCGCUGAGAAACGCUCAUCAGCAGAUUUUGGGUGUGAAAUAUGUUAUAUUGAUCAUUUCCUUUGACCAUAUAGUAUGAGAUCAAUAAAAUAGGUUUGUAUCAUCAAUUCUACGCACAGGAACAUACUUCACAUUAUGAGUUUCAGUGAGUUUCAAGGGUGAGAGACGAAUGUAGCCGUAGGUCCAAUUUCUAUUGUCUGCAUGUCAACCGUCGAGCAUUUCACUGCUUUUUUGAAGUUUAUUUGCCGUCUUCCAUAUUUCCAAUUUGCGUAGUUUCGUAAAGAUGUGCCAUACAUAACCACGGUUGGUUCUGUGCUAUUUUUAAUGGUCCUAUAAACCCAUUAUUUGGGUCACGUCUCUACAGCGUCUUACCAGUGUCAUAGUGACUCAACUAUGGAUUAGUACGUCUAAGCUCUUCACAUCCCGCCACCGCUGUUGUUGUUGUUGUUGUUAUCUUUCUGCCUUGUACGCUUUAACGCAAAGCUGGUUACAUGAAGAGGCGGGCUUUGAGCAACGGAACGCGCAGACGCAUGCUCACGUGGGAAAGUGCUGCCAAGGCUUUUAGCUUUUUGCUGAAAUUGUCAGUGUUAAAAUAAGAUCCAAGUCUUCACCUGUGAGGUUUAUGCAUUUCAUCUUUUGCUGUUAAGACAAAGCUCCUGCAGCUGAUGUACAACUGAAGCCUCUUGGUUCAUUUUUACAGAAUCUAACUAAGAAUAUUAGACAUAAUCAGUUGCAUUGGGUCAACUCCCGCUGUGUGACCUCUUAUCUAAUCAGAUGCUCCACAGCUUUACAGAGCUGCAGCACACACACACACACACACACACACACACACACACACACACACGAUUAGCCUGGCAUGAACCUUAGAACUGUUAUACCUAACUCAUUUUCAGAGCACUCAACUGUAAGCCUGAGCACUAGACUGAAGUAUUUUACUACCCUAGAGGAGAAUAUCUUUCAACUCUACGACGAAUAAGCAACAAUGUAAAUACUGUUAUUUUUGAUGUACAUGAAUAAAGGGUGUAUUUGGAACAGUUGUAGUUGUUACUGUGAAAGACAAUCUGAAGUGGUAUUGCUUAUGUGUCCAGGCUGCGCCCGCAGUUGUGCUGUUUUCGACCUCAGAUCGUGGCCCGUUGAGGACGUGCAGAGCUGUGACAGUGACAGUGAUCAGGAUUCUAAUAAUGAUGCUGGUUUUGCAAAAUGAUUUUCCAAAGGCCAUGGUCUGCAGGAUUUUGAUAUUUUUUAAAUUUUUUUCAGUCAUUAAAUGAUUACAAAGACAAUUUGUGAAGAAACAAACAAAACACACCCCAGUUAGUGUAUUAAUUGACUCCAAUUUGUCCUGAAAAUAGCCCGUGAGUCCCUCUCUUCAGUUUUACAUCUGCAAGGUUUUGUUCAAAAAUGACUUGCUGUCACAGUCUCUUCUUACAGAAAGGCUGUUUUGGAUGUUGGUGUGAAUAUGUUAUGGUACUUUUGACAUUUUUCCCCAAGUGGAUAAACAUAGUUUUGGACUACAACUUAACUCAUGCCUCCGUUCCCGGUGAGAGCCAGUCCAUGACUCGUUUUCCGGUUACCUCAGGGUGACCUGCAGUACCUCCCAGUGAUGUGACAUACUCGACUUGUUUAGUAUUUGCAGUACAAUGGCCUUGUGUUCUUGUCUACAUUCCAAUGAACCUGUAAGAUUUUACUGUAUCAGUACUCGCUGUUACGUAAUUUUACUUCUUGACCAGGGUGGUAUCUCCACCGCUCAGUGUUUUUUUUCCUCCCUCUGUCUGCAAAGCAGUACGUGCCAUAGAAAAUACAAUCGCUCUGUAGUCGCAGUGCCGAAGUACAGUGUUAGUUUGAUUCAUUUGUUUUUCCUCAUUGAACUUUUGUUCAUGUAUUUCUUGCUGCAUUUUGUGUCUGGAUCCCAAAUAAAAUUGAGGAGCGUUAAAAA